CCCGGGGAACUCUGGGAAUGGUAGUUUCGGAGGGGUAACCGAGAGAACGUCUCUGCGAGGGGCAGCAGCUCCCUGAACUACAACCUCCAAGCUUCCCUGCAGGGGAAGCCACGACAGCUAAAACUGGUCCGAGCUUUUUUCUCUUUUUACGUUUUGCGGUGUGUGUGGACGUGCUCAAUUCUUCUUCGACUCACUUGCUCGCCUCGACUCGCAACAGCCGUGGCGGAGCCGCUGCAGUCACAACCCACGGAAUUUCUUCCCAAGAGAAGCGCAUUCAGGAUCGGGGACCCUGGAGAGGUUAUUUUCCUCGCCACUUGAAAAUCCCUACCGAGAGGGGGUAAAGAAGGGUUCCUAGAACAAAACUGGGAGGAAACCCCAAACCUUCUGUGUUGCUCUGGAUGGUGCGAAUUGUUGCAAGAGUAGUGCUGGACUUCACCAGGGAACAUUUCAGGGCCUGAGCCAAGGAACUCUGUGCUGGGGCUGUCAUCAUGCAGAACAACUAUGGAACUGUGGCCUUGCUGGGGUUGCCUGCUGAUGAACCAGAGCUUAUCUGUAAGAUUGAACCAGGGGAAGAGCCAUGGAUCCCAAAUGAGAAAGCUGCUAGAGCGAGGCGAAUCCUACCUGGAAGCAAGUCAGCUCCCGAAUCUCCAGAUGCUGCAAUUACGCCCUACAGGCAGUACCGUGGCACCACGUGGACCUACCCCGAGGUCAUCGACCUCCUGGUCAUUUGGCGGGAGCGGGAGAUCCAGCAGGAGCUCCAGAGAAGGCACCGGAACAUCGAAACAUUUCAGGUCGUCGCCAGCAAGAUGGCCCAGAGAGGCCACAAGCGUUCCGCACUGGAGUGCCGCUCCAAGAUCAAGACGCUGAAGAGGGACUACCGGAUAGCCAAGGCCAACAACUCUCCCGGAAAAGGGCAUCUGGCCUGGCUUUUCUAUGACCGGCUCGAUCACCUCCUGGCAAACGACACAGACAUUCCGCCCCCAGAGAGGCUGCCCACCUUCAGUCACCGUGGGGCCUCCAUAGCAGACCCCACACCGCAGGGCUGCACGGAGCAGGAGGAGGCAGCCCUGGCGGAGAGGACCGACGCAUGCAGCCCAGCCAGUCGGGAGCUUCUGGCGCUACGGACACAGUCACCUGCUGAUGCUUCCGGCCUGGGCAAUGGCUUUCCCGUGUCGCAUAUCAAGGAGGAAGCCCCUGAUGAAAUGGCAGGGAGCCUCCCAGUGGAAGUCUGCAGUCCGGCUCCCCCACCGCCACCUAUUUCCUGCGAUAAACCAGGCAGCUCUGCCUCCACAGUGGAUGGGGCUGCAACCCCCUCCCCAAACCCCUUGCCUGAUCCUGCACGGUCUUACGCAGCUGAGCGCCUGGCCAACAUCCGGAAGCGGAAAAGGAAAAACCGGCAGGACGUGGCCCUUGAAAUCACUCAGGCAGCCGACAAGAGAGUCCAAGCGGCUACUGACAGGAUCUUGGCGGCUCUUGGGGAGUACGUAAAGGCCGAUCUGGAAGACCGUGAGCGGGACCGGCUGGACACUGAGCAGAUCAUUGCCCUCAUGAACCGCCAGACAGAACUGCUGGAGUCGCUCGUGCGAAAGCAGACUGAGAUCCAGGCCCCCGUGUCUCCAGCACUGACCCGGCACGCCCGGCUUCCGCGGCUUGGGCAGCCCAGCCAUUCGGCAGAGCCGUCCCCCUUGCGCUUGGGGGUCCCCAGGCGCUGUGUUGCCAGGGCCCGGUACAGGAGGUGACUCCGGAGCUGUGCAGCUUCAACUGGGAAUGGAGGGCCGAGGGAUUGUCGGUAGCUGGCUUAGCACGCAGGACAUCGUGGGAUUGUUUGUAACGGGUUGUGGCUUUAUUUUUCAGGAAUUUAACAUCCUUUUUACAAGAAAUGAUUGUAUUUGCUCAGUUGUACAAAACGGAGGAGAAAAAAUUAAAGGAGGAAUGUUUUUUUGCA